AUGGUGCAGUACGGCAAGACGACCAUGUAUGUGGACUUCGCCACGCUCAUGACGCACAACCAGGCGCUCGUUACAGCGGUUCUCGAGGAGUUCUACCGGUUCGAGCCGUUCCUGCGCAAGGCGGUGCAGAUGUUUGUGCAGGUGCACGAGCCCAAGUACGUGAUGGACGAGGGCAAGCCCAAGGAGUUCUACAUCGCCUUCUACAACCUCCCCGUCAUCCACAAGCUGAGAGACAUGAAGGUAGAGGUGCUAGGGCAGCUGUCUGCAGUGAGUGGUGUGGUUGUCCGAACCUCCGAGGUCCGGCCGGAGCUGCUGUACGGCACGUUCCGAUGCUUGGAGUGCGGCGCGGUGCAGCGGAACGUCGAGCAGCAGUUCAAGUACACGCAGCCCAUCAUAUGCAGUAACGCAGCGUGCUCUAACAGGGAAAAAUGGGCGCUAGAACGAACGGAAUGCCAGUUUGUAGACUGGCAGAGGGUGCGAGUGCAGGAGAACGCAGAUGAAGUCCCUCCUGGGUCGCUCCCCCGCACUCUAGACGUGAUCUUGAGGCAUGAGUUGGUGGAGCAGGCACGAGCCGGCGAUAAGUGUAUAUUCUCUGGAACGCUGGUGGUGGUCCCAGAUGCGCUGGGGGUGCGGGAUUUGUCGUACCGGUUGGCGUUUUUGGCGUGUUCUGUGCAGUCGGGGGAUCAGGAGAAGCAGCUGGUGAAUAUCCGGGCGGAAGACGAGGAGGGCAGUGCUGUCGCUUCGUUCACGCCCGAGGAACGAGAGGAAAUGGCGCGCAUGAGGGCAGGCGGGAACUUGUAUGAGAGGCUUGUGGCUAGUGUGGCACCGUCGGUGUACGGGCAUGCAGACAUCAAGCGAGCCAUCCUGCUGAUGCUGUUUGGCGGCGUGCACAAGAAGACCCACGAGGGGAUCAACCUGAGAGGAGACAUCAACGUGUGUGUGGUUGGGGACCCCUCCUGUGCCAAGUCGCAGUUUCUCAAGUAUGUCGCUGGGUUCCUCCCUAGAGCCGUCUACACAUCUGGCAAGUCCAGCAGUGCAGCGGGGUUGACAGCAAGUGUGGUGAAGGAGCCAGAGACGGGGGAGUUCUGCAUCGAGGCGGGCGCGCUGAUGCUGGCGGAUAAUGGCAUCUGCUGCAUUGAUGAGUUUGACAAGAUGGAUAUCAAAGACCAGGUGGCAAUUCACGAGGCUAUGGAGCAGCAGACCAUCUCAAUCACCAAGGCGGGCAUUCAGGCCACGCUCAACGCACGAACGUCCAUUCUCGCUGCUGCCAACCCCACUGGAGGACGAUAUGACCGCUCCAAGCCCCUCAGAGUAAGCCCCUCAAAGUAUGCCCACUUGUCUUCAUUAGAUGUCUAA